AUGAUAGGCGAGUUCGUCGGCACAACAAUGUUCCUCUUCUUCGCCUUCGCGGGCACCCAAGUCGCCAACAUUCAGACCGCCACCACAACAACCACCACAAAUGCCACCAAUGGCUUCUCUCCAAUCGUACUCCUCUACACCGCUGUAUCUUUUGGCUUUUCCCUCAUGGUCAACGUCUGGAUCUUCUUCCGGAUUUCUGGUGGGCUGUUUAAUCCUGCGGUCACAUUAGCGAUGGUUAUGGUAAAGAGCUUGGACUACGUGAGAGGUUCGCUGCUGUUUUUGGCACAGAUUGGAGGUAGUUGUCUUGCGAGUGUUUUGGUCAGGGCGUUGUUUCCCACCAAGCUGAAUGUGAGGACUACGCUUUCUGCUGAUACUUCUAAGGCGAGAGGUGUGUUCAUCGAGGCCAUUCUCACUGCUGAGCUGGUCUUUACUAUCUUCAUGCUGGCUAAGGAGAAACAUCGCGCUACUUAUAUGGCACCCGUCGGCAUUGGGCUUUCCCUCUUCAUUGCGGAGCUGGUCGGUGUCUUUUACACCGGCGGCUCACUCAACCCUGCCAGAAGCUUUGGUCCUUGUGCCGUCACUGGUAUAUGGGAUAAUGAGCAUUGGGUUUAUUGGCUAGCAGGCCCCGCAUUGGGAGCUAUCAUUGCGGUGGUCUUCUAUAAGUUUAUCAAGAUCCUGGAGUAUGAGAUUGCGAAUCCGGGACAGGAUGCUAUUAGUGAGCAUAUUCCGGAGGAUAGGGAUGGGAGAUGGAAGAAGGAUGAGGAAGCUUGA